AAUGAAUGAAUGACGAACGCUAGGUUUUAGGAUUAAGGAAAGACUAACAGAAUCCAACGAACCUAAAACAGCUUGGCCGUCGUUAACAAUAUGCUUUUGUCUGCUUACUCUCAACGGAGUGUUGUUUUCUACUUAUAUGACUUCUGGUUGGCCGUACCUCAUGGAGUUAGAUCAGGAGGCUGAUGUACGAUUUUUUGGUUGGAUAAUGGCUGGAUAUAGUUUGGGACAAAUGAUUUCAUGUUGGUUGUUUGGAUGGUGGAGCCAAGUGACAGCUUCGACACGUUAUCCAGCGAUUUUUGGUCUGUUACUAGCUGCGGGAGGCAACGUUUUAUACGGAUUGCUUCCUGCUUUGCCGUAUAAUCGGAAAUGGUAUAUGUUAGUUGCUAGACUGUUUACUGGUUGGGGCGCAGUAUUCUUAAGAGAAUAUUCUACAGGAACCCUUAGUUUGAUAAGAUCAUAUUGUGCUAUGGCGAGCUUACACAAAGACAGAAGUCGGGUGGUUGCUAUUGCUAGCGCAUGUUUCACUAUAGGUAUUGCUGCUGGACCAUCAAUACAAGCUUUGUUUUUGCCGUUCGGCAAAACUGGCAUCAAGUUGUUUUCAAUUCAUAUUAAUAUGUUUACUGCUCCAGCAUUUGCACUGGUCAUUGUUUGUGUUGUGGGAAUGGUGGUACUUGCAACAUGUUUCAAAGAGGAUUAUGUAGCGAUGGUAUCAGAUGAGGAGAAAAAAAAUUCAUUUGUUAUAGUUCCAAAAUUUGACCGUGUUGCUGCUUACACAUGUAUCUACAUGUGUUUUAUUGUACAAACCAUUGAGACGGCUUUGGAAGUGCUUUCUACUCCGUUUGGUGUUUCACUUUACAACUGGACGACUGAACAGGCUAUCUUUUAUUAUGGAGUUGUUCACACUUGUUCCUCAACUAUUGAUGUUAUAAAUUAUGGGAUACUAAGUUUUACAAGAAUUCGUAAAAUGGAUAUGCGAAGGCUGCUUCUGUUUGGUAUUUCAUGUUUUACAAUAUACGAAUUACUGCUUUUGCCGUGGCCUUUUUAUGAUGGUCCAUUGGAUUACAUAAAAUUAGCACCUAAUUCUACUGUGGAAGAUCCGUCGUAUUCCGGAGGGUGUUUCCAGGUAUACCGGUGGUGUUCACAAACUACUCGAGUUCCCAUUUACAUAUAUUUAGUUGGCUCUGUUAUAGUACUCGGUUUCGGUUUUCCAUUUCACUUCACUCCUACUGGAGUAAUAUUUUCAGAAGUUUUAGGACCCAGAAAACAGGGAAUGAUGCAAGGGAUUUUUGCAUUUUUUGGAUCUUCAGCUCGUUGUAUAACACCGCUGUAUCAAACGUAUCUGUUCAAACAUUCCGGAUAUUUAUGGCCGAAUUUAAUCUGCUUGUCACUGUUACUAAUAGGUAUUACGUUAUUGCUAUCAUUUUGGAGCAGGCUUAUUCCACUGAGGAUGGUUCCAAAAUUGGGUGUUGCGACACGUUAUAAAGGCGGAGUUUUCUAUCAUUUAUAG